UCAGAGACGCAACGUUCCUGGUUCGCCGAUAUGAAAAACAAUAAGUUGAACGAUAUAAACCAUUGGGUUACAUGGAAUCUUGAAGGCUAAAAACGUGAUUUUCAUCUUGGUGACGUCAUUUCUAAAUUUCGGUCGUGUGUUUCUAUCUUGAGCCGCCUUACAUCGCCGCUAAGCGCCCAUAGCGCUCGCAACCCAAAACAGAUUCAACAGCAAAGAAGUGAAGUUAGCUUCGUUCGUCGUCGGUAGCUCUCACUUUCGCUACAUCGACUGUAACGCAAUCGAAGACUUUGUGCAAAAUUUGUAGAUGUUGCGAUCUUUUUAAGCCACCUGAUCUCUUUUUGUACAUAUUCAGGUGGAUUGCUGGGUGUGACAAUAAAUUUUCUAUCAGAAGAUGGGUAGUAAGGCCAGUACUCCAGCUUCUCCAGUCAGCGAAGAUUCCUCCCCAACCAGACAAAUCUAUUCCCAAGCUGAGAGAGUGUCUGAGUAUGAGCAAUCAGCAAGGCAAGCUAGACAGGAGAGAAGUUUCAUGGAAAGAGCAGAAAGUUCAAUCCAAAACUUCAUUUACUCUAAUAACACCUCAAGUGUUGACAUACAACGAUCAAGUCACACCAAUGGCCAGCAUGGUACUGCCACACACGAAAGACUGGGUUCUUCACUUGAAACACCUGCUCAUCAACCAGUCAGACCUAGCUCUAUACAAGCAGGCACCAACAGCAGGAGCUACAGCAUUGGUAGUGCUGCUGGUGCUACAGUGGGGCAAAGUGACAGCAGCAGCAUCAGCAGUAGUACUGGUCUGAGCCAUUUUCUCAGCAAUUUCAAUUUGUGGAGAGCAUCGGGAGCCAGUUCCACUGACCGCCAGAGAGCCCAGUCUCUUUCCCACAUGCCUGAUCCAGCUCUACUUAACCAGUCAUCCACCACAAAUCAGAGUGGUGAUCCUAGUCGCUCUCGUUACGAAAUAGACGAACCGUCAUCAUUAUCGGAUCCUCGAGCGGCCCUUACACGCCUUCUGUCCUCUAGAGAAAAUCGCUCCGCCAACAACCCCGGCAAUAAUCCUUCAUCGGGCACUAGUACUGAAAGCAGUGGUCACCGUCAGAGACGGGACAACACGGGAGCCUUUUCAGUGCGAGACUUGACCUUCGCAGCGGCCCAGGAGUUCCUAGCCGAAGCCACGCUUAACGGAUUGGGACUCGGCCGCGUUUACGUCACUCACUCGCUGCCCAGUCACAUGUGGGCAGUUAAUGGCAUCAAAUGCCCGGUCUGCUCCAAAUUUGUGAUGCCCGAUGACAUCGAGUGCCACCUUGUCAUGUGUUUGACGAAGCCCAGAUUGAAUUACAACGAGGACGUUCUGACCGAAGAUAAAGGCGAGUGCGUCAUCUGCUUAGAGGACUUGCUCAAAGGUCACGUUAUAGCACGUCUACCUUGUCUUUGUGUCUACCACAAAAGCUGCAUCGACCAGUGGUUUGACGUCAAUCGAUCCUGUCCUGAGCAUCCUUCCGAUUGAAAGAGAUCUUUUCGCUUUGGAUUUUAACCCCCUUUUGGAAAGAAGAAUCCUCCUGUUUGAAAAACAAAAACAAUUUCUAUGUUGUCGACUUCGGAUCAGCUUUUUUAGUUUAAGUUUAAUUGGUGGGCUGACUGUGAUUUCACUUGGUAAAUGUACACGAGAAGAAAAGAAGAAAAUUUUGAAUUUGCCCCGACGUGCGCAAUGGUUGAGCGCAUUAACUGAGUGUUGAACGUAAGGUUGUGUAUGUGACUUAAUUGCGUGCAUGACUUUUGUGGCUAAUUUUUUUCCGAUUCCGGGGAUCAACACUUAACGUUAAACAGCCUUCCUUUUGUUCUUCAUAUUCUUACAACUUUCUGUAGUCCCCCCUGUAACUUGUGUAUCAAUUGGAAGUUUGCCAAAUUUUUAUUCCCGUAAUUUCUUGCGCAAGUUAUGAAAGUCUGAAAGACGAUAGCGUCAUGUAAUUUGUUCCCUGCACACGACCAGCUGCUACGACGACCCGACUCUUGCAUGUU